CGCACCACAAAGAGCGUAUCUCCGCAUCAUCUGUCUCCUCUCUCUCCCUCUCCCUCCUCGGCCUCGCCCUUCGCCGCGAGUCUCGCGCUCUCUCGCUCUCUUCUCUACUCAUCACUACUACGUAGAACACGCACGCGCACGCGCACGCACACACAAUCUCUCUCUCCCCGCACUACUCAUCAAUGGCGACUUCGUCUCUGGGGUUCCGUCCCUCCUUUUCCGUCCCCUUGCCGACCCGACCACCUCCUGGGACCGCGGCGGCCCGAGGGUCUGCGGCGGCGGCGGCUCUCCGCCCUCGGCUCCUUCUACUCACCCCCCUCUGCUGCUCCACCACCCCGAGGAACCGAGGAUCGCUAGGGUUUCUUGUUAGGGCUUCUUCUUCUUCGGGUCCCUCGACCGCCGAAGCCCUGAAGUUUAAGUCGAUUCCGACGAAGCCCGUCGAAGGGCAAAAGACGGGGACCAGCGGAUUGAGGAAGAAGGUUAAAGUCUUUCAACAAGAGAAUUAUCUUGCUAACUGGAUUCAGGCUUUAUUUAACUCGUUGCCCCCAGAGGAUUACAAGGAUGGGUUGCUCGUCUUGGGGGGUGAUGGCCGUUACUUUAAUCGCGAGGCAGCUCAGAUUAUCAUCAAGAUUGCAGCAGGGAAUGGUGUUGGGAAGAUUCUUGUUGGCAGGGAUGGUCUCAUGUCAACUCCUGCUGUUUCUGCAGUAAUUCGCAAAAGAAAGGCGAAUGGUGGUUUUAUCAUGAGUGCAAGCCAUAAUCCUGGUGGGCCGGACUAUGAUUGGGGAAUUAAGUUUAACUACAGCAGUGGACAACCUGCACCAGAAUCAAUUACCAACGAAAUAUAUGGGAACACUCUUUCGAUUUCAGAAAUAAAAAUCGCAGAUAUUCCGGAUAUUGACCUAUCCUCUCUAGGAGUUACCACUUAUGGCAACUUCACUGUCGAGGUGAUAGACCCUGUUUCUGAUUACCAGGAAUUAUUAGAGUGUGUGUUUGAUUUCCAGCUUAUCAAUGAUCUUCUUUCUAGACCAGAUUUCAGAUUCAUAUUUGAUGCUAUGCAUGCAGUAACUGGUGCAUAUGCAAAACCUAUUUUUGUCGACAAACUUGGAGCCAAUCUGAAGUGUAUUUUGAAUGGAGUGCCUCUUGAAGAUUUCGGCCAUGGUCAUCCUGAUCCCAAUUUAACGUAUGCUAAAGAGCUUGUUAGCAUUAUGUAUGGUAAAGAUGCUCCUGACGUCGGAGCUGCAAGUGAUGGUGAUGGUGAUCGAAACAUGAUUCUCGGAAGAAACUUCUUUGUUACGCCAUCAGACUCUGUUGCCAUUAUUGUAGCGUAUGCGCAGGCGGCAAUUCCUUAUUUCCGUGAUGGCCCCAAAGGACUUGCCAGAUCCAUGCCAACCAGUGGGGCUCUCGAUCGAGUUGCAGAGAAAUUGAAUCUUCCAUUCUUCGAGGUUCCAACCGGUUGGAAAUUUUUUGGGAAUUUGAUGGACGCUGGGAAGUUGUCGAUAUGUGGGGAGGAAAGCUUUGGAACUGGUUCCGACCACAUCCGUGAGAAGGAUGGCAUUUGGGCUGUUUUGGCUUGGCUUUCCAUCAUCGCAUACAGAAACAAAGACAAGAAGGUGGGAGAGAAGUUGGUGUCUGUCGCAGACAUUGCCAAGGAGCACUGGGCCACCUACGGCAGGAAUUUCUUCUCGAGAUAUGAUUAUGAAGAAUGUGAAUCUGCAGGAGCAAACCAAAUGAUGGAGCACCUUAGGGACUUGAUCUCAAAAAGCAAACCUGGCGAUAAACAUGGGAAUUAUACCCUCAAAUUUGCCGACGAUUUCUCCUACACUGAUCCUGUCGAUGGAAGUGUGGCAGCGAAGCAAGGCCUUCGGUUUGUUUUCACAGAUGGAUCAAGGAUUAUAUAUCGUCUUUCGGGGACUGGAUCAGCAGGCGCAACAGUACGAGUGUACAUUGAGCAAUUCGAGCCUGACGUCUCCAAGCACGACAUGGAUGCUCAAACAGCAUUGAAGCCUCUAAUAGAUAUCGCGUUGUCGGUUGCUAAGCUGAAGGACUUCACCGGAAGGGAGAAGCCUACAGUCAUCACAUGAACUAUAGUUGAAGGGAUCGGCACGACCAAUUCUUUUAUUUAUAUGAUGGGCCUAUGCCCAUUUUUGGCAAUAAGAUAAAGCAUUCAGCUCCCGUUUUCCCCCUUUUUUUUUUUCAGUGUGUAAGCUUUGCAUAAGGGUUGAUACUUAAAUUUCAUGAGUAUAUUUUAUCUUGCUAUUAAGUAUAAUAACGUAUUGUUGCCUCUGA